UUUUGCCAGCCGCGGCUGCCGCUGGAGCCGGUGUCCGGGCUGGUGAUGGGGUUAAUUCCCUUUCGUAAGACUCUCACUUGCACCCACCCAGCCCCGCCGUCGCCCCGCCGCGCCGCGCUCCAGCCGCCUCCUCCUCCUCCUCAGUAACACGGGGUAUAUGCAUAAGAAAAAUUGAAGUAUGCAGAGCCACCAUUUGACCACGUGGUGGGCCUCUUGUCAGUCUACUUACCUUGUGGGAUGCAGCCAAGACAGCCAACAGCCUCAGCCAACUGCUGCUGGCCUAGAAUGAUUCUCACCAUGGAAAAAUGUGAGAGGGCUGUGACUGUUGAAAGGUAUGAUGUAUUUAAUCCAAUACAGUCCAUUUCAGUCCAGGAAUCUACAGUGGUGACACGGACAUGGGACUCCUCCUGCCAGAUUCCAAAUGGUUCAGUACAAUUGACAUCCUGGCUGACAACUGUGAAAAAGAGCCUUGGAUUAUUUUAUUUUUUGUGUGUGGGACACCACAAUCCCAAACCCAUAGGACACAUCAGGCUUCAAGUUCCCUGUAGAAUUCUAAAAUAACCUUUGCUAAUGAGGAUGUCUGAUACUGUUACUGUAAAAAAUGAAACUGAAACAAUGAAUGAUUUGGACGCAGAAGUGAAAGAUACAGCCAAAGUUGAAAAUCUUACCAAAUCUGAAAACUAUGGGAAGAUUCUGGCAGAGAAGAAUGAACGUUGUAUUGACAACAGUAUUGAUUUUCAGCGGCCAUUGCAGUCAUUUGGACAGACAGGAAAAAGGUCUAAGUCAAGCUCAAAGUUAAAGCUAGUUCGGAGCCUUGCAGUGUGUGAAGAAUCUCCACCACCCCCUACAGCAGAGCUAUCACAGGAGAACCAGGAGAAAAUUCAGAUCCAGUUAACACAAUCAUUUGAAAAAGAGGAGAAGCCCUCAAAAGAUGAAGCAGAAAAAGAAAAAGCCAGUGAUAAGUUGCCUAGGAAAAUGUUAUCAAGAGAUUCCAGUCAAGAAUACACUGAUUCAACUGGCAUAGAUCUACAUGAAUUUUUAGUAAAUACAUUAAAAAACAAUCCCAGGGACAGAAUGAUGCUGUUGAAAUUGGAACAAGAAAUUUUAGAUUUCAUUGGUAAUAAUGAGUCUCCACGUAAAAAAUUCCCCCCAAUGACAUCAUACCAUAGGAUGCUAUUACACAGAGUAGCUGCUUACUUUGGAUUAGACCACAAUGUUGAUCAGAGUGGCAAGUCUGUCAUAGUAAAUAAAACUAGCAAUACAAGAAUACCUGAUCAGAAAUUUAAUGAACAUAUUAAGGAUGAGAAAGGUGAAGAUUUUCAGAAACGAUAUAUCCUCAAGAGAGAUAACUCUAGCUUUGACAAAGAUGAUAACCAGAUGAGAAUACGUUUGAAAGAUGACAGAAGAAGCAAAUCUAUAGAAGAAAGAGAAGAAGAGUACCAGAGAGCUAGAGACCGAAUAUUUUCCCAAGAUUCCCUGUGUUCCCAAGAGAAUUAUAUCAUUGACAAAAGAAUCCAAGAUGAGGAUGCUAGUAGUACCCAGCAGAGGCGCCAGAUAUUUAGAGUUAAUAAAGAUGCUUCAGGGAGAUCAACAAAUAGCCAUCAAAGCAGCACUGAGAAUGAGCUGAAGUACUCUGAGCCACGACCCUGGAGCAGCACAGACUCAGACAGCUCGCUCCGCAACUUCAAGCCUGCUGUCACCAAAGCCAGCAGCUUCAGUGGAAUUUCAGUCCUGACAAGAGGUGAUAGUUCUGGAAGCAGCAAAAGUGUAGGCAGGCUUUCAAAAACAGGUUCUGAGUCUUCUGGUAGUGUAGGUUCAUCUACGGGCUCUCUUUCUCACAUCCAGCAGCCUCUUCCAGGUACAGCUCUCAGCCAGUCUUCUCAUGGCGCACCUGUCGUCUAUCCAACUGUCAGCACUCAUAGUUCUCUUUCCUUUGAUGGUGGCCUCAAUGGGCAAGUCGCAUCUCCUAGCACUAGCUUCUUUUUGCUUCCCUUGGAAGCGGCAGGCAUACCACCUGGCAGUAUUCUGAUCAACCCACAAACAGGUCAGCCCUUCAUAAACCCAGAUGGGAGUCCAGUUGUGUAUAAUCCUCCUAUGACUCAACAACCAGUUAGAACCCAAGUGCCUGGACCUCCACAGCCACCUCUGCCACCCCCAGCACCUCAACAACAAGCAGCUAAUCACAUUUUCUCACAGCCUGUUCGUCCUCUGCAGUCCUCUUCACAGCCUGUUCAGUACUCCACAGCCCCUUACCCAUCCCCGCUCCUGCCAGUCUCACCCACCCAGCAAUACUCCGUGCAGGACAACCUUGGGUCUCAGUUUAGCCAUAUGAGUCUUGCCCGCCAGCCCUCUGCAGAUGGUUCUGACGCUCAUGCCACUAUGUUCCAGUCCACUGUUGUUCUUCAGUCCCCGCAGCAGUCGGGUUAUAUCAUGACGGCUGCCCCUCCACCACCGCCGCCACCACCACCGCCUCCUCCGCCUCCCUUACCCCCAGGGCAGCCCAUCCCAACUGCUGGCUAUUCUGCCUCUGGUCAUCCUGUCAGCCAACCUGUGCUCCAGCAGCAGGGUUAUAUUCAGCAGCCCUCACCACAAAUGCCAGCCUGUUACUGUGCUCCAGGCCACUACCACUCCAAUCAGCCUCAGUAUCGUCCAGUUCCUUCUGUCCAUUACAGUUCACAUCUAAACCAACCACUGCCACAGCCUGCACAGCAGACAGAUUCAUCUGGGAUAUGGCAACAGAGUGCACCUUUUGAAGAAAAACAGCCUUUGAGGCAAAAUAAAGAGCUAAAACCCAGAGGAAUAUUGGAGAUUGCCAUGAAAAUAUUCAGGCUGAGAGACACUAACCAAGGUUAUCAAGUUAUGCCCAACCAGCAGCAAAACUACCAAGGAAUAGUUGGAGUUCAGCAACCCCAGAGUCAGAGCCUAGUUGGUGGCCAACCCCACAGCAUUGGAAAUCAGAUUCAAGGAGUGGUCAUCCCCUAUCCUUCAGUGCCAUCAUAUCAGGUUUCACUGCCUCAAGGUUCUCAAGGAAUUGCCCAUCAGACUUAUCAACAGCCUGUUUUGUUCCCCAAUCAGUCUAAUCAAGGAUCUAUGCCCACAACAGGAAUGCCAGUUUACUAUAGUGUCAUUCCACCUGGCCAACAAAAUAAUUUAAGCUCUUCAGUAGGUUACUUGCAACAUCCAGGAUCAGAACAAGUACAGUUUCCUCGAACUACUUCACCAUGCAAUUCCCAGCAGCUUCAAAGCCACCAGUGUGCAGCCGUGCCACCCCCACCACCGGGUGGAGGAAUGGUGAUGAUGCAGCUCAGUGUACCAAACAAUCCACAGUCUCGUGCCCACUCACCCCCUCAGUGGAAACAAAACAAAUACUACUGUGAUCACCAGAGAGGACAAAAGUGUGUGGAAUUUACCAAUGUAGACAAUAUUGUUCAGCACAGCCCUCAACUCAGUAGUCCAAUUAUUUCACCAGCUCAGUCGCCAACACCAGCUCAGCUGUCCACCCUGAAAACUGUCCGUCCAUCUGGACCACCACUUUCCAUCAUACCCCAGUUUUCUAGAACUUUUGUCCCUGGCCAAGGUGAUGCCAGAUACCCAUUACUUGGCCAGCCACUGCAGUACAACUCUCCUGCUGUUCUACACGGACACAUUCCAGCCCAGCAGGGUCAGUCUGGCAACAGGCAUGGAAAUAGAGGAAGGAAACAAGCUAAAAAAGCUGCAUCCACUGACCUUGGUGCAGGAGAAGCAGUUGUUGGGAAGGUCUUGGAAAUUACUGAACUACCAGAUGGAAUAACUCGCAUGGAGGCCGAGAAGCUUUUUGGGGAACUCUUUAAAAUUGGCGCCAAGAUCCGGUGGCUCCGGGAUCCCCAGUCCCAGCCCCAGCUACGUCGUCACCCUCUCUGCUGUGGCAGUGGGGACAAUACUGUCAACCCUGAACGCUCUAAACCCAGUGACUUGGCCUCCACAUACACUGUCCUAGCCACAUUCCCCUCCAUUUCGGCUGCACAGAAUGCAUUGAAGAAGCAAAUUAACUCGAUUAACAAGUUUAAGCUGAGAACAAGCAAGAAGCACUAUGACUUUCACAUUUUGGAAAGGGCAAGUUCUCAGUAACAGCCACCUUGGACCCUUGGCCUUUACGAUUCCCCUGUCCUCUCCCAUCUUUAAUUGGGUUGGUAUUUGGAGCUUCUCUUAACAUGAUAGAGACUCCUAGGAUGUGUGGUUAUCGUGUUACAGCUUUUGAAGACAGGCCAGUGAUCCAGCAAGGGGGUGGAAAUACACAUUUCACCCUGAAUAACUAGGAAUUCAUAUCAGAAUGAUACAGAGUUAGCAGCUUUUUCUGGGGAAAUGCUGUUCAAAUGCCUCCUAACUUUUAUAGUUAUUUUGUUUUAUAUUUCUGAGUUAUUGUAUCAGAUCCAAAGCUCUAUUGUACAGCAAAUUAUUCUUCAAAAUGAUUACAACCAGUUGCAGCCUGUAUUUCUUUUUUGCAGCCAGCACAUGUGACCCAACAUAGAAUUUGGGGGGAAAGAAUGGAGGAGUAGUGUGACCAGGUCGAGACCAUGUGCUCUUUUUGGGAGGACUUGAGGGUGACUAAGGAGCCUACAAAUAGAAAUUACUCUCCCCCUGUAUCUCUAAACACAGUAACAAUUCCCAGAAAAUACACAACUCCCUCAUAGGGUCCUUCUGUUUCUCAUUUAGGUAGUAUGAACAUUAAGUAUAAAGUAAAUUAUGUUCUUAAUGCUUCUUAGUCAAACCACUUAAGAUUCAAAGGGGACUAGGAAUCAUUCUAGGCAGGAAAAUACUUCCACUUUUUUUUUUCAGUGUCCCUCCAAUAACUGAAUGCCACUUACUUGCAUUCCCAUUCUUGUGGAUUUUUUGUCCCCUAAGGAAAUGCAUCUGAUGGGUGCUGGGAACUUCCUAAGUGGUUUAAAAUGUGUUUUCAUUGUUUGCAGCGGAUCACUGGACAUCAAAGAUUCAUUGCACUUACGAACAAGGAAACUUUUUUUCAAUUUCUGUGUAAUUUGCAAAGCUGUACAAUGUGUGCUGAUGCAAGCCUUUUUCAGUUCAAAAGAAUAAAUGUUUACAAAUACAGA